AUGGAAUUAUAUUCUAUAAGACAACCUUUAAUUCCAACAUUUCAAAAUGAGUGCAGAUCUAAAAAAAUCAAAGAUAAAAACAUUUAAUAAUUAAUUAAUGCAAGUCUUAAGUAGGAUUUAUCUCCUCCUCUUUCAAUUAUAAAAACUCAUAAUAUGUCUCUGUUAGCAUUAAAUGCAAUUAGAGAGCUUGAAGAUAAUACAUAUUAUUUACAAAUAGAGUAACUUUCAAAGUAGUCGAUAAUGAUUUUUAAUGGUUUUCACUAAAACUCUUUAAAUUCCUGUAUGUGCAUAUCAAUAAAGGAACUACUAUAAAAUACUCCUAAUUUUCAAUUAUAGUAAAAUAUCAGCGAUCUGCUAAAGCUUCUUGAUGAAGUCUCAAAAUUAGUAAUUAUAGCAUUUAAUUUAAAGUAAUAAAAUUAACAGAUAGCAAAUGUUUUAGUGCUCUAAUGCUUCUAAAGCCAUUUUCAAAAUGAGAUAUUUCAAGCGACACAAUUAUAUAGCCUAUAUUCCCAAAAAUGUAAGUUAAAAUUUAAUAUUUAUAGUAUUGAAAAGAAAUGAAAAUUUUCUAUUUAUCAAUAUUUCUGGUCUUAACACUAUUGAAUAAGAUAUUACAAUAAUGAAGGAACUUAGUUUACUCAAAAAAAGGAAGACGGAAAUGUAUUAUUUGUCCUUUCACAAAAGAGAUUUUUAAACAAAAUUAAAAAAAUACUUUAAUUCUACUUAAUCUUUUGAAUUAUAUUUUCUGGAAAGUUAAUAAAAUCAUCCAAUAACUUGGCCUUAACUUAAACCUUACUUAAAACCUAUUCUAAAAAGAAAAAUUAAAUUAUUUAAUCCUAAGGUCUGUGUAUUAUAAUUAUUUGUGUCUUUAAAUAACAUAGAGGAUGAGGAAGGUUUAAUAUUUGAAGAUGAUUGUAUUUUGAAAAUUGUUCGCUUUUUUAAAAAGUUCUCUAAUGAUAAAUUAAUAAUAAAUUUAUUGAUUAAGGAUUAAGAUUCAUCAGCCUCUGCAUCUGUAUCAGAGUCGAUUGAAUUAAAUGGCAAUCAAAAUUAUUAAGAAAAUAAUUAACUAGCUAGAAAAAGGUUAUGCUUAAAAUAAGCUAUAAACGCAAUUGAGUAGGGGGUAUUUGAACAUUUGGAUGUGGAUAUAGUUGACAAAAGAAGUUAUGAUUAAACCUUAAUUGAUUUUAAAUGCCAACUAAGCUAAUCACAAAAUUAAGAAUAUUAACAAGUGUUGUAGAGGUCUUUGAAUAAUUUAAUUUGUUACCAGGCAGAUUAAAUUAGAAAUAGUUCUGAGCCAGAGGAAUAAGGAUUUCAUUACAUACCCUUUAUUGAUAACAACAGAUCUCUGCUAUUUUUUGAAUUUUAUUUUAAUAACAAGAAAAUCUUGGUAAAUAAUUCUACUUAAGUUUACUUGAAGCAAAAGGAAAAAAUUGUAAUAAUAUUUAAAGUCUAAGAAUUAGAGCUUUAUUAUUGCAAAAUUGAGUGCAAAUGUGUUAAAAAAGAUUGGUAAUUUUUUUAUCAUAUUUUAAAGUAAUUUGUUUGAUUUAAAGGAUUAUCUCAAUCUUGAGAAUAUCAAAAAUAAUGAGUUCAUGAAGGCUCCAAUAAUAGCAGUUAUCGAAGACAAAAUAUUCUUAAAUUAUGGUUACUUAGGAGAUCAAAUCAUAGAAUUUAGGAUAAGUGACUAGAAGGCCAUAUUUAGGAAAAGAAUAAAAUUAUCAAAUUUUCCAAAAUUAUAAGAUGCAGCACAAUAAAAAAAUUACAUUUUAGAACGUGAAGGCGCGAGUGUUUUCUAUAAUUUAAUAGAAAAUAAAGAAAAAAAUAACUAUUUUAUUGCUGGAGGGGAACUAGGUUAGAAUAGCCCACUGUGCAAUGUAAUUGAAAGAGUAGUGCCGGGAGAAGAGGGUUUUUCUUCAGGAUUUGCGUCUAAAAGUUUAUUCAAAGUGAGUUUGAAGCCAUUUCAACAUUCUAUAAUUUUAGAGGAUAAUUAGUCUGUAAUUUUCCUUCCAGGAGAUUUCAACAAAAAACGCUUUAAAUAUUCUUAAAUAAUAAAUCAUUAGCACUACCAAUAUGCGCAGAGAUUAAAUUUAGUAAAAAAUAAUUGGGUGUUAGAAAAUAUAAAUAUUGUGUAUGACAAUGAAGAACUUGGAAGACUUUAUCCAAUUCAUUUAAUGCCAAAAAAUUAAUAGAUUGUUUAUAAUGUUGAAAAGGAUCAUUGGAUAGCUUGCUUUUUUGGAUUAUAAAUGCAAUCUGUUGAAUCAACUAAACUAUUCUCUUAACAUAUUUACGUAGAUGAGAUCAAUUAGUUUCAUUAUGAACCAUGCAAUAACAUCAAUGAAGGUAAUAUAAGUUAAGUAAUAAUAAAAAUGGAAUUCAAAUUCUAUUAAGAUCAACUGAUUACUUCAAUAACUCCAUUUUAAUUCGGAAAGAACAGAACAAUAAUAAAAAGUACUGUCCAAUUAAAAACUGAUUAAAAUGCUUUAUGA